AUGGCAAGAGGGAGACGCAGCGAGUCAUUGGCGUCGGCGACGAGGAGUACAAACAGCGAAGAGAAGGUGGGCACCCGUCUCGGACUCGCGAAAUGCACUGACCACGAUAUCCCGCCCCACAGCGCCUCCUCUACCCCUCACAUUCCCCCCAUCCCGUCUACGCCACAGCGCCCGUCCAACGACCUUGCACCCACUCCGUGCGACGCCCUGACAACGCCUACAGCACCCCCCGCGUCUUCUCCAUCUGCAACCCUCAGCAUCGAUAACGUUGUCCCGAAGCACACGCAGUGUCGCACUAAGCACCCAACAACGCGGGUUGAACUCAAGCGUCUCGAGCAUGAGAGGCAGCGCCUUCUCCAACGCAAGUUCUUCGAGGAUCAAAUGCGGGAAUUGGAGGUGCAGCAGGCGCAAGAGUUGCCGAGCAUUCCCUACGCCCCAUGCGUCAAUGGGAACAACUUCGCCGUCUCUGCCCCUACGACGCCCCCAGACGUUAACGCAGUUCUCAACGGCGACACUAGCCAUCAAUGUUGGCAACUUCCUUUGGACGCUGAGAGCCUCUGGCAAGCAGUCGGAAGUGCAGUCGCUGAUAAGCACAAGUCGGUCGCUUACGCACCCUCCGUCAACCUCUCCCCCAACCUUGCGACCACGACCAACGGGUUCACAGGGACGAGGGAGAUGGAAGGUGGAGACGCGACACGCGUGUGUGGCAAGGCAACGGGGGUGAACGGAGGAGAUGGCCUGCGUGGAAGAUUAAGGAACUGGAUUCGCGAAUCAUCGCAGUGGAAACGCGAGCAGGAGUUCUUGCACGAUCGUCCACUUUGGGGAAGCGCGUAG